AUGGUGGUUAAGGAGCACCGCCCGAAGGCCACGAUCAUCUGGAUAGGCCUCCUGGUGGGCUUCCUAGCUUACGUUGGGUACAUCAUAUGGGAGACUAUUGAAUCUCGAAAGGACCCCGCUUCGAGCAUCGAGCUCAAGUACAAGAAAGCGAGGGACGUCUACAUGACUGAGCUGGGAAAAAUAGAAGGAACAUUCAGGGAGAUAUCUGAGGCAUGGAACAGCCAGGAGAAGUCGGUACCUGUAAUGGGGCAUGGCAAGUGGGUACGCGGGAGGCUAUUGAGCCAAGAGUACUACACGUUCCCUGAUGUGGCGCUCUGCACCACGUUCGGAAAGGGGUGCCUCGACUACGACAACGAUUGCUUCGAGGACCGCAGUUUUGCUUCUGCGUUCAACCAGACGGCAGCCAGACCAACUGUCCCUCGCUCUUUUGCCUGCCGGGUUGGGCUCACGAACGCACCAAUGAUAAUUAUCCAGGGUUUUCUCGACUACGACCAGAACUUCACCGCCGACUACGCGUACGUGAGCGAGCCUUUCGAGGAGGUGUACCCUAACUGCAAGUUUGUUCCUUUGUCCAUGAUGACGGUGGACGAGACCGGAGUCAAGAACGGAAGCGUCACCUCCUUUUCGACGGCAUUCUACGUGAGGAUUCCAGUGCAGAGCGCAGGACUGGUAGUUGCUUGGGUCGACCGGAGAUACAACCGCGCGUGGGUGUGGUGCAUUCGGUCAAACCAGGUCUUGUGGGACGAAAAGGGUACCUACUACGACCAUUCCUACUACCUCAUCAACAGGCAGUUCCUCGACUUGUAUCUCAUCCCGCCUGGCUCCAGCAUAGAGUCGUUCACGAGCGCGAGCGUAGACGCCAAGGUGCCAUACUCGCGUCUGAAUUUGACGACCGACACCGCCUUCGAGGCGACAAUAAACCAUAUGGUGCUAAGCCUCACGGAGUUUACGGGGAUCAACAAGAACGGCAACAAGGAGGAGAAAGAGCGAUCGUUCUCUCAGACAGCGAUUACGGGUGUCGAACACUGGUGGUGGGGCUACGAAGACUACAACAGCGUCGAAUUUGGGUUCUUCAUGGUGGAAUUGUCCAUCGGAAAGUUCGAGUUCACCUCCAUCGAGGUCGAGUUCGUGGUGACCGGCUUCGGGCUGUUCUUUGUUUUCUCCGAAAGGCAAUCGCCCGACCGGAGGUUUCGCAACUUCAGAAAAUCCAUCAGGAAGCCAGCCGAAUUCGCCGGCAACCGCCUGUCCAGUCUCAACAUCAGUUUCCGGUCAUCGAAUCGGAAUCAGGACGUCGAGAUCGAUGCGUCGGGGGAAGACUUGCCCGUGGAAUGGGUCAAGAAACAGCGGCCUAACGGGAGCAUAUACUACUUCAAUGUCAUGACUGGAGCCAAGCAGACCGCGUCGCCUAACCGCCUGGAUGACGCCGGUGGCGCCGCUCCGCCACCAUCCAACUCUGCAUUGCGCCGCAUUUUCCAGGUGAGGAAGUACAUUCUUUCCACGAGCUUCCUGUUUCACCUGUCAUGUCGCAAUAAAGAGCGAUGGACGCUUUCACACUUGGGCUCAUGGGAUCUGUCUGCCCCGAACGUUGCUUGUUUUGUCUUGAUCUCUUUGAAGGGCAACCGGUCAGCACGCCUAAACAGCGGGCCUUUACCUGCAGGUUGGGUAGAGGGCACCGGCGGCAACGGGAAAAAUUACUACUUGGACACGAUCAACAAGACCACUCAGUGGGAGCGACCAUUGCAACGGGAACAUUCCUCCGGCGGUCCCCACAGACGGCCACAGGCUGUCGACGAACCGAUUUCACAGUCACGCUGGUAUUCACAGGCUUCCUCGGGCAACUCUCACCACUCCACUUCAUCCCAGGCUCCCCACCACCGUCCCAGCUUGGUUUCUGCUAGUGCCGCCUCUGGCGUUGAGGACAAUCCUCCUGCUGGCGACGCGCCGGCGCCCUCGCUGGGCGCUAUUCCCGCCGCGCCUUCGUACCGUACGGCGGUGUACCUGUCCAACAGGUCGGCAACGGCAGCGGCAUCCGAGGGUGGAGGCACAACGCACCCGCAGCAGCAGCAGCCGGCUCCUGCUGGAACCACGUCGACGGAUUCGGGGGCUGGAGCUCGCAGUGCUGCCGCCCACGUUGACGCGCCUCUCCCUCCGAACUGGAGCAAGCGUACCGCGCCCAACAACAGGACAUGGCGAGAGUGA